AUGAAGACUUGGAGGAAGUUUGUUGAGGCUGUGGACUGGGUGAGCAUAAGGGUUGAGCUUUCCGCGGAGAUGGAGGAAGUAAAGCCUGUUGUCAUGGGAGAUAAUGGAAACAUGUUUGAAGGAGCGCGAGAAUUGGAAGACACCGUCAAGAAUUUUGAUUCUGCGGAUGAGCUUGAGAUCGCCGAAGUGGAUGAUUCAACAAGUGACGUCAAAGAGUUCAUUGAUGAAGCAAUCAUCGAGCUCAUGAGGAUCGAAGAUCUUGUCGAAGAUGUAUACGAUGUGCUGGAAGAGGAUAAAGAACUCGUUGAUGACUGUGAUGAAGUUGCAGGCAACGAUUGGGUGAAUACUGAGGUUUCAGUAGAGGUUUCAGUAAAGGUCUGCGACUCGCUAGAUGUGCUCCCAACUGAGAUGACAGUUAUUGUAGACGAUAUUGAGGACGUGGCGGAAAAGAUCUGGGAUGUGGAAGAUGACAAGGUCUCUGUCGAUGUCAUUGACACAACAGAUGAAUUGCUCGUUGUGUCGCUAGAGGUUGACCAGACAAAAGAGCUGGAGUUGCUGGAGUGGGAAGAAGGUAGCAGCGUCGAGCUCGUAACGAUAGAUGGAACAAAGGUUGGGGUGAAAAGGUUCGAAGGGGACACGCUGGAUGUUAAGGACCAUGUUGUUGAGAUAGUUGUGGACGUGCUUGACGGGACAAGAGACGUCGAUGAAUUGGUAGCGCUGAAUGGUUUGGUAGUAGUUGAGCUGAUUCUGUGCAAGGAGGUUAUUGGAAUAGAUGUCGAAGGAUCUGGUACUGAAGAGAUUGACGGUGGUGGUGUUAUGGAUACUGAGAGAGUUUUUGUGGCAGAACCGGAGUGCUUGUCAUGCAAGAUUGAUGCCCUCUAG